UAUAAAUAAAAAGUCUCCCUCUCUGAGUUUUACAUCUUGGUUUCAUUUACGAGUUUUCUUUCUUCCCAUUUUUCAGCAUACAUAAAUGACGUCAUCCAUGUUUAGAUCUCCUUGCAAGAUUCCGUCGAUGAAAGGGCUUGAGCAGAAGAGCUACGUCGGCCUUAAAGCAGCGACGUAUAAUGUGAGAAUCAAUCCUUUCCGAAGCAUAGAAGUUGCUUGUCAACUACAAAGAUUCGACUCCGCCAUGAUAUGGCCGGUACAUGCUCAUGAGGCACUUCUAGUGCCGAGUAAACCAGCAGCGCCUACAAUUACAACUAAACCAGCCAUGCCUCCAAUGCCGAGUAAAUUAGCUAAGCCAUUGAUUGAUCAGCCUCUUAUAAAUCCAGCAAACUCAAGAGAGGCAUUGAUCGAAGCACGUGAAGACGAAGCUGAAGGAGCCGAUAUCCUAAUGGUGAAACCAGCACUUCCUUCUCUUGAUAUCAUACGUUUAUUGAAGAACCAAACUCUAUUGCCCAUUGGAGCUUGCCAGGUUUCCGGUGAGUACUCCAUGAUAAAAGCUGCGGGACUUAUGAAGAUGAUCGAUGAGGAAAAAGUUAUGAUGGAAUCAUUGAUCUGCCUACGUCGAGCUGGUGCAGAUCUCAUUCUUACCUACUUUGCUUUAGAAGCUGCUACAAUAAUAUGCGGUGAGAAUAGAAAACUUGUAUUCAAUUACUAAUCGUUUGUUUGUUUGCGUCUUGAAUAAAUCUACAACCAUAAUUGUACCCUUAGCAGAACAAUUUGAUAAUCAUGAAAUUCUUAUAAAAUCGAUAACAAACGCA